CGGUACCUACACCUUCAAGGUCCGUGUCCUUGAAGGCGUCCUCGAUUUUCUCGUCGUCCCGGGUUAUACACGAAAAGGAUCGCCGCCGUGUUGGGCGUCUCGCGACCGAGAUCUCUCUCUAGCUAAGGAUCUCCCUUUUGCACCCGACUUCCUUUCCUCUCCGAAAACGUCAUCGUUCCACCCUGAGAUUGAAUUCUACCCUCUCAUCCUUCGCUGAUCAGGAGCGAUCGAACGGGAGUGAUUGAAGGAGUGAAGAGAUUUAGGUGCAAGACGAAGUAGAAGAAGAAGAAGAAGACGACGUCGAAGAAAGGAAGUCACGUUCCCCGCCGAGGAUCAGGACGAGCAUGAGGUCCUCGCUGGUGCUGCUCCUGGCAGCAGCUCUCGUCCUUGCCGAGGGCUCGAGCCGAGUUAAGCGACAGGACGACAAGAAGGAGGAGAGCUUUGAGAACGAGAUCUGCAAGGAUAAGGAUGCCGGAGAAUGGUUCAGAUUGGUCGCUGGCGAGGGUGAUAAUUGCCGCGACGUAAUUCAAUGCACAAGUUCCGGUCUGCAGGCAAUAAGAUGCCCGGCCGGUCUUUACUUCGACAUCGACAAGCAGACGUGCGAUUGGAAGGACUCCGUCAACAACUGCAAACUGAAGAACAAGGAGAGGAAGGCUAAGCCUCUGCUUUAUACCGAGGAGCCGCUUUGCCAAGACGGUUAUCUCGCGUGCGGCGACGGAUCUUGCAUCGAGAGAGGUCUCUUCUGCAACGGCGAGAAGGACUGCACCGACGGUUCCGACGAGAACAUUUGCGAUAUGGACAACGAUCCUAAUAGAGCCCCACCAUGCGACCCCGCCGUGUGUGUUUUGCCCGACUGUUUCUGCUCGGAGGAUGGUACGACGAUACCCGGGGAUCUCCCGUCCAAGGAUGUGCCGCAAAUGGUUACGAUAACCUUCGACGACGCCAUCAACAACAAUAACAUCGGCCUCUACAAGGAGAUCUUCAGUGGUAAACGUAAGAAUCCGAACGGUUGCGACAUCAAGGCUACGUUCUUCGUCUCGCACAAGUACACUAAUUAUUCCGCGGUCCAGGAGAUGCACAGAAAGGGCCACGAGAUCGCCGUUCACUCUAUCUCGGCAAGGCAUAACGACGACGAGCGCUUCUGGUCGGACGCGACCGUCGACGACUGGGCGAAGGAGAUGGCCGGGAUGAGGAUCAUCGCCGAGAAGUUCGCCAAUCUGACAGACAACAGCGUGGUGGGUGUAAGAGCGCCGUAUCUGCGAGUUGGUGGUAACAAUCAGUUCACCAUGAUGGAAGAACAAGCCUUCCUGUACGACUCCACUAUUACCGCGGCCUUGAACAAUCCCCCGUUAUGGCCGUACACCAUGUACUUCCGGAUGCCGCAUCGCUGUCACGGAAAUCUUCAGCACUGCCCGACCAGAUCGCACGCUGUCUGGGAGAUGGUGAUGAAUGAAUUGGACCGUCGCGAGGAUCCGCAGAACGACGAGUACCUGCCCGGUUGUGCCAUGGUGGAUUCUUGCAGCAACAUCCUGACCGGGGAUCAGUUUUACAAUUUCCUCAAUCACAACUUUGACCGUCACUACGAGCAGAAUCGCGCGCCCCUCGGUCUUUACUUCCACGCUGCCUGGCUGAAGAACAAUCCCGAGUUCCUGGACGCGUUCCUCUAUUGGAUCGACGAGAUCCUGCAGAGUCACAACGACGUCUACUUCGUGACGAUGACCCAGGUGAUUCAGUGGAUCCAGAAUCCGCGCACCGUCACCGAGUCGAAGAACUUCGAGCCUUGGCGGGAGAAGUGCACAGUGGAAGGUCCACCGGCGUGUUGGGUGCCUCAUACCUGCAAGUUGACCUCGAAGGAGGUGCCCGGAGAGACCAUCAACCUUCAGACUUGCGUGCGCUGUCCCAACAAUUAUCCCUGGGUGAACGACCCGACCGGUGACGGCUUCUUCUAAACUGCCGAAAGCGCGAUCCUUCUUUUCGUCUAAGUCAACAAAUCCCUUUUCUCUAUUCUCCACUUCCCUCUUUCUGAUCUGUCAGUAUCCUCGAGGCUUUCGAGAGCAACGACGACGAGGCACGCGAGAAGAAAGGAGAAGAAACGUCGUCGUCGAUUUGUUAGACUCUGGCGACUCCGCUCUAGUUGCCAAUAAUUUCGCUGUUUUAUUUUCGAGAACGAUGUGUAUCUGUGAUGAUUAAGUUCAGUUCGAUUAAGAACUGUGAUGAUUAAGUUCAGUUCGAUUGAGAACUAGAACAUACUACACGGAGUCUAAUGGAUUGAAGACGAAUGAAACGCAGGAAAGCUUUCUAUCCGCUUCGCGUUCAUCGAAAUUAUCGGGAAAAAAUUAAACAAAAAAUUAUUGCAUUAUUAUUCGAAAAAUUUUUUUCGCGCGUGCCUCGUUAUCAGCUGGUAAUUAAAGCUAACGUUCAUCAUACGCCAGCAAUCUGUGAUAGACUCCCUAGGAAGGCGACGUCCUCGAAACCCUCGAGGCAACUACGAUGAUGACGACGACGACGAAGAGAUUCGUGCGCAUUCCAUUCGAAAAAACUGCACAAAAGCAAAGCAAAAUAUCGCGCCCCACCCGAUCCCACAAGGAGAAAUCGUGGAUUUCCUUCGAUGGCGGCGACUGGCGAUCCGCGAGUGGGAUUCCGUGUGUAAUAUAACCGUGUCCUCUUCUUAUUCUCUCUUUCUUUCUCGCACCUCUGAUUUCCCAACCGCGAUAUCGAUCUAUCGGCGAAUAUGCGCCUUCCUUAAAUUCCCCUUCUUCUCCUUUCUUGGAAGUAAUCCAUGAAGACCGCCAGAUUAAUUGUUCCCUGAUUCGAAGGGUGCCCUUACUUUUUAAGGGUUCCGCCGAUUUAUAUAUAAAUAUAUAUAUAUAUAUAUAUAU